AUGUCCUCUACACUUGAGUUUGUUUCGUCUUCCUCUGAAAUUCGGGAAAUAUAUGUAGAGGAUGAUGAAGAAUUCAUACCCAUUUUAACAAAUCUGGAUAAAAGUGCCAAACUCGACUGGGAUGUUCGAUCUGGCGUUGUAGUGAAUCAUGUGUUAGUUUUUUUUUGGCAAGACAAUGGUCUUGUAACAUUGGCGACAACAAUUCAUGGAAUUGUUGGUGACAAAUGGGAGGUGGAGCGAGAAAGACGGCGGCCAAGAGAAACAAGCACUAAUGCAGUAAAGGUGCGUACAGUAUUUGGAUCUGAAUCAAAAAAAAAUUUAAAAAUUCCAAAAGUGAUAGAUGAUUACAACAAUUGUAUGAAUGGCAUGGAUAUUGCACAUUUGCUUGUCGAAUUAACGUUAG